AUGGACGACAGGCCGGUCGUGGUCCGCGACGCCGGGCGCGGCUCCGGCGCCGUGCCGCAGGUGUCGAAGAAGGAGGCCCAGAAGCUGCGCCGAAAAGAGAUAGAGGCGGCGAUGGCGGAGGCCGAGGCGAAGAAGGCCGCGGUCGCGAACGACGACGACCGCGUGUUCGACGUGUCGUACGAGGCCACGGGCAUGACGGAGGAGCAGCUCGCCAACGCGACCGACAUCAAGGUCUCCAAGCUCACGAUCCGCGCCAAGGGCAAGCUGCUGCUCGAGGACACGGCGCUGACGAUCGCGAACGGCCGGCGGUACGGCCUGGUCGGGCCGAACGGCCAGGGCAAGUCGACGUUGCUCAAGAUGAUUGCCAAGCGCAGCAUUCCGGUGCCAGCGUCGAUCGACGUGCUCAUGGUGGAGCAGGAGAUCGUGGGGGACGACCGCACGGCGCUGCAGGCGGUCGUCGAGGCCGACGUCGAGCUCAUGCGGCUCCGCGCGGAGGAGGACCACCUGCAGCGCAUGAUGAAUGACCUCGAGAUCAAGGAUGAGGACAAGACGCUUCCGGACGGGUCCGCGUACGACCACGACACGGCCGCGGACCUCCUGAACGGCGUGUACGAGCAGAUGGACGUCAUCGGCGGCUCCAGCGCCGAGGCGCGCGCGUCGAAGAUCCUGCACGGCCUCGGGUUCACGCCGACGAUGCAGGGGCGGUCGACCAAGUCGUUCAGCGGCGGGUGGCGCAUGCGGAUCUCGCUGGCGCGCGCGCUGUACGUGCAGCCGACGCUGCUGCUCCUGGACGAGCCGACGAACCACCUGGACCUGCGCGCGGCGCUGUGGCUGGAGGAGUACUUGCAGCGGUAUAAAAAGACGCUCAUCGUGGUGUCGCACGACCGGUACUUCCUGAACGAGGUGACCACGGACAUCAUCCACCUGCACGACUUCCAGCUGCACCAGUACCGCGGCAACUUCGAGCAGUUCGAGGGCAUGUAUGAACAGAAGCGCCGCGAGGUGAACAAGGAGUACGAGAAGUUCGCGAAACAGAUGAAGGCCGCGAAGCAGACGGGCGGGAAGGCGGCGCAGAAGAACGUCGAGGCGAGCGCGAAGAAGAAGGCCGAGAGCAAGGGCAAGGGCAAGGGCAAGAAGCAGGCGGCCGGCAUGGACGCCGCCGACGACGUGGUCACCGCCGCGCCGCGCAAGUGGCACGACUACUCCGUGCGCUUCGACUUCCCGGAGCCCACGCUGCUGCCGCCGCCGCUCAUGCAGCUCAACGACGUGUCCUUCAAGUACCCCGGCCGCGAGGACUUCGGCAUGCGCGACCUCAACGUCGGCAUCGACAUGGGCUCGCGGAUCUGCAUCGUCGGCCCGAACGGCGCCGGGAAGACCACGCUGAUGAACCUGCUCUCCGGGGACCUCGAGCCGACCGAGGGCUUCUCGCGGCGCGACCCCAAGCUGCGCAUCGGGCGCUACAACCAGCACUUUGUCGACGCCCUCACCAUGGACGAAACCCCGGUGUCCUACCUCAUGAACAAGUUCCCGGAGCUCGGGUACACGAAGGAGAACAUGCGCGGGAUGCUCGGGCGGUUCGGGCUGUCCGGCGCGCACCACCUGCAGCCCAUUCUGAAGCUUUCUGGGGGCCAAAAGGCGCGCGUGGUGUUCACGGCCAUUGCCCUGAGCGCGCCGCACAUUCUGCUGCUGGACGAGCCGACCAACCACCUGGACAUGCAGUCGAUCGACGCGCUCGCGGACGCGAUCGAGGAGUUCGAGGGCGGCGUGGUGAUCAUCUCGCACGACUCGCGCCUGCUGUCGUCGGUGUGCGAGGACGUCGAGCGGUCCGAGGUGUGGAUCGUCGACGACGGGACGGUCACGCCGUACAAGGGCGACUUCGAGGACUACAAGGACGAGCUCAUCAAGGAGAUCGUCGACGAGCUCGAGGCGGAGUGA